GCCGUUCAUCUCUGCAAUUUGCAAGAACAAAGUUUAUCAGUCCACUCUCAUUGUCAAUUCUCAAUUCAACCCUUCCUAACAAUCAUCAAGGCUGCUCUCCUAUCGUCACACGAUCCAGUUGCCCUCCUUUGGAUUAAUUUGCAAAAUGCAGCCGCUAGUUUCGGCUUGAUCAGUAAUCAUCUCAAAGACCAAGAAGUCAUUUUAGUGCAAACUCACAUCGUCAAUAUGCAAGCGGAAACGUGGGCUUGUAAUGUUGCGGUGCGGAGCAACUUUGUUUCCGAAUUACCAAUAUGUCAUGUGUAUACAGUCUAGAGGGGAGACAAGGAAAUUCAAACUGAAUCCGAGCAGUUGGCUAGAAUCUUGGGAAAGUAUAUAAAUAAAAUAGUUCGUUGAGUAGGUUCUCUGGUAAAUCAAUCGUCUCAUAUCAUUCAUAUCUCCCGUUUGCAAUCUAUACACACAUAUAUUCAGACAAUACAAAGACGACUUCGUUGGGAAUUUCAAACACCACAUCUAUCCACAUAUAAUAUGGCCCAGAAAACAGUUUUGAUCACUGGUUGCAGUGAGGGGGGUAUUGGAGAUGCUCUCGCAAAAGCUUUUCAUCAACAAGGUCUUCGAGUUUUCGCUACAGCUCGAAAUCUUGCUAAAGUCGAACAUCUCAAGAAUUUAGGACUUGAUAUUCUUCCACUAGAUGUCACAGAUUCAAGAUCCAUCAAGGAGGCUGUUGAUGCCGUAGCAUUAAAAACUGGAGGGAAAUUGGAUUUUCUCGUUAACAAUUCCGGGGCUGGUUACGCCAUGCCACUGCUAGAUUCUGAGGUAUCAGUUGCUCAGAAGAUGUUCGAUAUCAAUGUCUUCGCUCUUGUAGCGGUUACACAGGCAUUUUCACCACUUCUUAUUUUCUCCAAAGGCACAAUCAUCAACAUCGGCUCAAUCGCUGGCGUUAGCCCCGGAUAUUGGCAAGGGUAUUACAAUGCAAGUAAAGCAGCAGUAAACUUAAUUACAGAUCAACUCCGUCUUGAGCUUGAGCCCCUUGGAGUUAAAGCCAUUCUCGUGGUCACUGGUGCGAUAAAAACCAAGUUUUUCGAUAACCAACCAUCGGUCACAUUACCAGAUGACUCGCCAUACGCGCCGGCAAGAGAUAUUGUUGAACAUGCUGCGGCGGGACACGUCAUAUCGAGUACUGGAGAGGAUGUCGACGUCUAUGCCAAAAAGGUAGUGAAGAACGCUUUGAAGAAGAAACCACAGACACAUCAAUGGACUGGUGGAGAUGCUUGGCCGGUUUGGUUCGCCUCGACCUUCUUUCCGCAUACUAUUUGGGAUUUGUUACUACCCUCACGAUGGAGUAUACCAGAGGUAAAGAAGAGAAUUUCGGUGGCGAAAAAACAGGGAUAGGUUGUAAUAAUUGAGCUACUGUUUUGUUUUAGGUGUUAGGCGUUGUUCGAUGAUCUGAUGGAAAUUUUGGGAAAUUAUACCGCUCUGUCCUCUUCCUUCCCACAUACUUCGGUUGUUUACCGCUCCCUAAUUCUUAAUUGCUUGCAUAAAGCAUUAUCAGUAAUCUCUAUAUAGCACUCUUAUAAAAAAUCAGAAAUCAAUUAUGGAUGAAUUGA